AUGGUUGCCACUACAACAAACUCCUACAGCCAUGAUGAGUUGCUGUCGCUCAAACCUACAGCGGCAAUCUUCUGUGAUCUCAUUGACUCUGCUAAUCUCGAGCAGCAUGUGACUGGCCCCACUCACCGCGAGGGCCACACACUGGACCUCAUCUUGUCAAGUUCAGCAGACGACACAGUUUCACGUGUUGUCACCACUAAUUACCUGCCCUCCGAUCAUGCCGCUGUCAAAUGUUUACUGAACGUCAGUCGGCCCGAUCCGGUCAAAAGAGACAUCAAACUUCGAGAAAUUCGUAAGAUUGACAUAGAUGCCUUCCGCAAGGAUAUCCUGGCAUCACCACUGUAUACUGCCCCAGCCUCUGAUUUGAACCAGUUGGUUCAUCAGUACGAGAGUACUUUGAAAGAUCUCCUAAAUCAACACGCCCCCCUCAUCUCUCGUAACAUAUCAUGUCGCCCACACGCGCCGUGGUACAAUGAACACAUCCACAAAGCAAAACAAGAACUACGUAAACGUGAACGCAAGUGGAAAUCCUCUAAACUGGCAGUUCACAAACAACUUCUGAAUGAACAGAUCUACCGGUACAAUCGUAUGAUAACUCAAGCCAAAACCGAAUAUCACAGGACACAACUUGCCGACUGCGAUUCUCAACAACUGUUUCGCAAAGUCGACAAAUUAUGCACCCCGAAAUCUUCAAGAACCCUUCCGCCAGAGAAUGAACCAGAGUCACUAGUGGAUCGUUUCUCACAAUUCUUUUCCAAUAAGACCCAGACCAUCAUUGCCGAACUUGAUAACGCUUCAACAGUUGAGACAACAGUACCAGUGGCCGACUCGUGCGAGACAUCUUUCACUGGAUUUGACAUCCUUUCUGAUAGUUCUGUCAGAAAGAUGAUCACCGGGUCACCUUCAACAACAUGCAGACUUGAUCCAAUUCCCACAUCGUUACUGAAGAAGUGUCUAAAUGAACUCACUCCCAUCAUCACAACAAUCAUCAAUCUCUCCCUUGAGAACGGCCAUUUUCCUGAUGCUUUCAAAUCUGCCCACGUCACCCCCCUGCUCAAGAAACCCAACAUGGAUCCGGAACCACUAAAAAACUACAGACCUAUUGCCAAUUUGAAAUUUCUCGCUAAGAUAACUGAACAAGAUUAUCUUCUCAAGAACAGUCUUCACAGCAACAUGCAGUCUGCAUACAAGCGUCGUCAUAGUGUGGAGACGGCUCUUCUCCGAGUGAACAACGACUUGUAA